CGUCAUAAGUUCAUGGCUCUCUCAGUUUAUUUACAAUGGGUCAAACAGUUGUAAUAUCCCAUUAGAUCAACGGCACGGCGCCUUUGAAUCCCCCCAUUUGAGAGAGAGUAAACACAGAUGAAGGAGGGAGGCAAUAGUACGACACACGGUUCGAAACGAGUAGGUCGCGUUCACGGACGCCCAUUCUUUCGAACGUUUUCGUCGUUCGCGCGCUAUGGUUAUAUUGCCGCCUAUUUGAACUGAACUUUUACCGUUCGAAUUUUGAAACAGAAAUGACACUUUAAUACAUAAUAGAACAGACAAUAAAAAAAUUGUGACGCAUAAAAACUUUUCCUAAUUGGUUCCUUACAAUCAUGUAAAAAUUCGAAGGUGUUUUAUUAGUGUAAUUCGGUGGCAGUAUGGUGGAUGUCGGUGGUAAUGAGUGUCAUAACGCCAUAAACGGGAGGAACCAAUUCGUAUUCCUCGUUUUUGUGCAUUUGUUACUUAUUGGACUGAAUGGAACUAAUGCGCAAAAUCGAGCACCACGCAUAAAAGAGCACCCAUCCACCACGGUUUCCGGCCGAAGUGAACCAGCGACGCUGAGGUGCGUGGUGGAAGGAAGACCUAAGCCCACCGUGCAUUGGUACAAAGAUGGUGCACCCUUGCCACCAGCAGAGGAUGGUCACAGAGUGCUAUUGGAAGACGGUCUGUUGUUUUUAAAGGUGAACCGGGGCAAAAAGGAGAGUGAUGAGGGGAUUUACUGGUGUGUGGCCCGCAAUAUAGCCGGGGAGGCUGUGAGCCAGAACGCUUCAUUAAAUGUUGCCGUUCUACGUGAUGACUUUCGGGUUGAACCUAGAGAUGUGCAAGUAGCUGCAGGGGAACCGGCUUUAUUAGAAUGUAUGCCACCUCGAGGCGUUCCGGACCCAUCCGUGCAUUGGUUGAAAGACGGUCAAAUGUAUGAUAUUGAAGUUAAUGGGAGGGUAACCAUAACAGAAACCGGUAGCUUAAAAAUACUAGAAACACUGCCAAAUGAUAGUGGUCUAUUCAGAUGUGUUGCCUCGAAUAUAGCAGGCGAGAGACAGUCCAGAGCUGCGGCGUUAAUUGUUUUAAGGCGGCCCCACUUUGUCGUUAAGCCUAGUAAUGUAACUGCUUUAGUUGGACAAAAUGUAGAGUUCAAUUGUCAGAGCUAUGAUACAAGCGUUAAAAUAACAUGGGUCAAGGAAGACGGCGUGCUGCCAUCCCAUGCAACAAUAAUACGAGGACUAUUACGGUUGGAACAGGUGUCCGCAUCCGACGCGGGCGUCUAUUCCUGCCGGGCUGACAGCCACGCCGGCACGAGCAUCGCUAGCGCAUCACUAACCGUUUACUCCUUACCACACUUCACGCAGAUACCGUCCAAUUUGACCGCAUGGGAGGGUGAUGUGGUGUCCAUUCCCUGUGAAGCUAAAGGCUUACCGACACCUACUACGUUUUGGAUCCUAGAAGGCAACGAAGACUCUCUACUUUUUCCUGAGUGCACUAGAAGUAAUUCGAGUUUACUUUAUCUGGACGGUGCGAAAGUGGAACACGGCGGAAGGGUUAUCUGUAUUGCUGUAAAUGCGGCCGGUAGUGUUAUGCAAGAGGCUUAUCUAAAUGUGUUAAAGAAAACCAAUAAUCCACUGAAGGAACACUCCUCGGACAAAAACUUCGGCAAUAAUUACGAACACGAGGUUCGUAUGACAGAGUAUGAGUUUGUUCAAGCGAGGAAGUAUUUACAACAAAAUGUUUUAGUCCUAAGGAGGGUGGAAACUUUGUCGUCAAGCUCUCUGAAAGUUGUUUGGGACGUGUUAACAGAUUACAAUGAAUAUUUGGAGGGAGUUAAGAUUUGGUACAAUGGAACUUCUUUGAACUGGCGCAAUAGCACUGAAGAGAUAACAAUAUUGAAUUCGUCUCAAGUAGAGUUGUGUCCUAAUGGAUCUCUGACAAACGUUGAUAACAGUGGGUCAUCGAGCUAUAUUUUAUCAGGGCUGGCGUCGUAUACAGAGUACGAUAUUUUUCUUAUGCCGUUCUAUAAAAUGUUGCUUGGGAAACCUUCUAAUUCGAUGACGGGUUAUACGGAUGAGGACGUGCCAUCAGCGCCGCCCCAAAGCGUGACAGCGGGUGUAAUUAACGCAACAUCAGCGUGGAUACGCUGGGAACCACCACCUGCGAAUACUUGGAACGGAGAACUUACAGGCUAUUUGAUCGAGAUCCGUGUGGGAAACGGCAAUAGCGGUCGAGUAGUGGGGCAAAUGUCACUCGGCGCGCGUACGCGUGCUGCAGCGGCUAGCUCGCUGCGAGCCGGAGGCCGCUACAGCGCGCGGGCCGCAGCGGUUACCCGCAGUGGGCAUGGACCAUUCAGCGCACCCGCGCAAAUCCACAUGCUGCCCAUGCAUUCGCAGAGACAUUAUGUACAGACUGAACCACCAAACGACGCAUCGAUCCCACAUUUGCUGCAUGAGACAUGGUUACUUGCCUUAGCGCUAACUCUAUUCUCUAUCAUUGUAAUUGGCAUCGUUAGUAUCUAUUACAUCAAGCGCCGUAACAACAUUCAAAGAAAGAAGUCGACCGGUCAAUCUAUUGUUACGGCUCAACAGUGUCUAUUGAAUAAAGAUACGAUUUGGCUCAGAGAUCGACCGGUGUUUGCUCCACCAGAUUCUGGAUUAGAUGUUACGAGCUGUCAUCAAAGUUUAUUGCAAGGAGGUCACACACCAAAUAUUAUGAACGUUGAGCCAGAGUAUUGUCUGCCACAGAACUCUAUCCAAGGUUUAGAUGCUUCGAGUGUAGACAGAAUCAAAAGGGGCCCACCGGAACCCUAUGCAUCCAGCGCUAUUUACACUGAACUCAAUUUCAAGGACAAUCCUGAUAUCGGAGAUGCCCGAAGUUGUCCGGAAAGACGAUCUCACAACAAUAGCAUAGUUAGAUCUUGCAAUGGCAGCAUUCAAUAUUCCAAUGGAGAAUGUUCGACAUGUUGCCACAGCACUUCCAGUAGAUCUACAAAAGACUACAGGGAAUUGAGACAUGAGAACCUUCACAAUGAUGUAAAUAUGGUCGAAGAUGAUUGUGGUUCGUGUCACACUAAUAGGUCAGGAUCGAGGAGUAGACAGGACAAAAGUAAAGUGUGUCCUGCCAGUGAUUUAGAAUACGACUACCCCCAAUGGCAUUGGCUAGGGAGGGAGAAUAGUUUUAAAAUUCCCAUUCAGUCAGGAUCAGGACGAUAUUCGAAUAUGGCGCGGUCCGAGCAAGGCUGUCAAAUAAAUCUAAAUGAUAUACUGCCACCGCCGCCCUACGAGAGUCCCGAGAACAAAGGUCAAAAUAUGAAAUGACGUGACGCUAAAAGAAACUUAAAGCAAUAUUCAAUAUCAUCUUUUCAAUGUUAAUAGGUUUUAGAACCAGUGAGUAAUUAUAACUGUUUUAGAUAAAUAUUUGUGUCUAUUUAAAAUACUAGGAAGUUAGCUUUCAGAAAUGUCCUUUUUACAGCUGUCUUAUGAAAUUCAAGGGUAAAUUACAAAGUGUAAAUCCAGACUUUAAUGUCUAACAUCCCCCUAUUACAUUAACUAUAUACAAGUAUAUGCUAAUAUUUUAGUUAGCAUCUGAUAAUAAAGUCGAAGCAGGAUAAACUAAGUCGGUACACUAACGUUAAAUUAAAAGUCUAUUUUGGCUAAUAAAGACCAUAUUGUCAGCGUUAAGUUAAAUUUAAGGAAAGUUUUAUUGAAACUGAACAAAUGAAUUCACUAUAAAGUUACGUAAAAUUUUGUUAACCAAAGGUAAAAGGUUGCCUACAAUCAAGACACACGGCCAAUGUGUCUAAGCCAAGUUCUAAUAAGAUGGAUUGCUUACAGUGAUAAGGCUAUCUUGGCAACCUAUUUAUUUAUUUUCUCGGUACUCUUGUUUAAUGUGCAAUACAGAAUUUUCAUUCAUUUAAUUAUUUAGUUUGUACCAUAACUAAAACUACCCGCAAUAUUCAGUUUCUGGAGUAUUUUCGUAUCGCAAGUACAGAGAAAAUGUGCCAACUUAAAAUCGGCAGAAUAAUUGACACUGUGAAAAAUAGUUAAAUGCAUUGUAGUAUU